AUUGAGCAUUGGUGAUCUGGUGUGGGAUGCGCUAUAUUUAAAGCUACUCAAUUACUCACCAAUUUCCCGUUGUCACAAUGGGAACAGACUCAUCAAUCAAAGCUGUUGAGGAACAGUCUGGUCCAAAAAAAGGGGAGACUUCUAAGGAUGAUCUGUCUGAGGAAGACAGACAGCUUCAGGAUGAGCUAAAUAUGCUCGUGGACAGACUAGAGGAGCCGAACCAGGAACUACAUAAGCCAGCUCUAGAGUCCAUGUGUACAUUGAUAAAGUCCUCUACAACGUCCAUGACUUCCGUUCCCAAGCCCCUCAAAUUCCUGAUGCAUCAUUAUGCCAAAAUUAAGUCUUUUUACAACACUAUAUGUAAUCCAGACACGAAAAAACUUUGCGCUGAUGUCGUAUCAGUUCUAGGCAUGACUGUAUCUGACCAACCUGAAACGCGUUACGAUACACUGACUUACAGACAUCUUGGUUGCCAGGGUGACAUCGGAGCUUGGGGUCAUGAGUAUGUUCGUCAUUUAACAAAUCAAAUCGUCGGUACUUGGCAAGAAAAAGAGUAUGAUUCACUAAUGGAUAAUCCCGAAGCUACAAAGGAAAUGAAAAAGCAUAGAGAAGACUGCCUCUCUCUUGUUCACCAAAUAAUUCCCUACCUGAUGGAGCACAAUGCAGAGGCUGAGGCAAUAGACCUUUGUAUCGAAAUUGAACAACAUCAUCUUUUAGAAAUAUAUACAUCAAGUUUAAACUAUACUCGAGUAUGUCUGUAUCUGACGAGCUGUGUAGCGUACUUACCUACACCAGAUAACAAUAAGGUACUUCAGUACGCAACUAUUUUGUACCGUAAAUUUGAAGAUUUGGGCAACGCUAUGCGUUGUGCUUUACGUCUAAAUGACAUGGAUUUGAUCCGCGAAAUAUUCUUAGAAUCUGGAAAAGUUAAAAAAGGUUCUCGUAAUUAUGGACCAGCUAUCCAACGUCAACUUGCCUAUCUCCUUGGUCGACAGAACAUUGUAUUUCCAGAUGAGGAAUGUUUAGCAGACGAGGACUUGACAGAAAUGCUCUGGAAUACCAGGUUAUCAGAACACUUCUUGUCACUCGGCCGGGAACUAGACAUUAUGGAUCCAAAGUUACCAGAGGAUAUUUACAAAUCUCAUUUGGAGGCAGUGAGACCAACUUUAAAUGCGGCCACUUUAGACUCAGCACGAGCAAAUUUAGCUGCGUCAUAUGUGAAUGGACUUGUAAAUUGUGGUUUCGGAAAGGAGAAGCUAAUACAAGAGACACCUAAAGAAGUCCCAUGGUUAUGCAAACAGAAAGAAUUCGGUAAAAUGAGUACUGUGGCUACGCUUGGUUGGGUACUUUUAUGGGAUGUUGACACGGGGUUGUCGCAACUUGAUAAGUAUCUUUAUUCUGUGGAGGAUCAUACUCGUGCUGGUGGGCUUUUAGGUUGUGGAGUUGUCAAUUGUGGUGUUAAAAAUGAAUGUGAUCCUGCAUUAGCUCUCCUCGGAUCUUAUGUGGAUUCUGACAAAGACGUCCUUUCUCGUGCGGCGAUCAUUGGUCUCGGUGUAGCUUACGCUGGUUCAAUGAAAGCAGAGGCUAUAAGCACUCUCACACCUGUUAUCCUGGAUACUAAUACAGCGAAGCUUCAACAUGCUUGUUUGGCAGCACUUUCUGCAGGUCUUAUCUCAGUUGGUUCACUUGAUGGGACCGUCACGUCCACUAUCAUUCAAAGUUUAUUGGAAAGACCCGCAAGUCAUUGGAGCAAUGUUUUCAGCAAAUUUAUGGCACUUGGUUUAGGUCUAACGUGUUUAGGCCGACAGGAGGAAGUUGAAGUCAUCCUUGCUUCUUUAGAGGCCGUAUCUGAACCUAUGAAAUCAAUGGCUCACAUGAUCUGUGACUUUUGUGCUUAUGCCGGCAGUGGGAAUGUACUGAAAAUUCAAAAUUUACUGCAUAUCCUCUCUGAAAAGUAUGAAGAAAAAGAAAAUACUGAUAAGGCUUCUUCCAAUACAAAAACAAAAGAGAAAAAGGAAAAGUCAAGUGAAGCUCGUCGUGGAGGGGGUCGUGGAAGAAAUCGUCGUGGUGGAUCAACUAGACCUGCUACUACUAAUGACCAUGGUAACAGACAUAAUACAGAUGCUCCUACAGCUAUGGACACUACUAGUCAAUCAAAUGAAGACACCAUUACCUCAGAAGAGACAGGUGUUCCCCAACCCAUACCUAUGGAUACGUCUAAUGCAGAAGAGUCCACACCACAAGAAGACAGUACAUUUGAUUUUCAUGCUCAUCAGGGUCUAGCUGUUUUAGGAGUUGCUAUAAUUGCUAUGGGUGAAGAAAUUGGCCUAGAUAUGGCCUUUCGAAUGUUUGGCCAUCUUGUAUGUUCUUUUGUGCCACUUAAAUAUAUUAAGUAUCUAAGUUUAUAUCAUGCCAUGUGUAAAUAUUUAUUUCUGCUUUAUCCGUCCUAGUUCUAUGCAGUGAUUGUUUAAAAGUUUUUUGACGCUUGGUACGCUAAUCUUGUUGCUUCUAACCAAAUAACAACUGAAUUUCAAAAUCAGUUGCUAGUCUAGCAGAUAAUUCGAAAAGUUCUUAUACAUACAAGAUUACCCCGACCGUUGCUGCUCGCAUCUGCUGGGAUCACCGGGCGAGUACUAGUGAAGUUAGACUCAGGGUACUAGGGAAUAAUGGUAAAUCAGUUGAUGAGGUCAUGGAUCUUCACCAACUGAGAUGGUUUGGCCACGUGUUACGUUUGCCUGAAUACCGAUUACCUCGACGUGCUAUACUGACUAGUAUUGGUGAUGGUUAGAAGAAAGUUAGGGGUGGUCAAACCAAAACGUGGCAUCAGUACUUGAAGUCACUAACUUCUAGUCUGAGCCGUGUUGGUAGAUGCAGACUAGUCGGUUAGGGUCCACGUGACUAUCGUAACCAAUGGUUGGAGACUGUGUGACAUGGCUCAGAAUGGAUCACAAUGGUGCAGGUGUAUAAACUCUCAGUCUUCCCUUAAACUAUAAGACUAGAAUUGCUGCAUAUGUAUCUUUCUUUCCUUACUAUAUCCCUAUAUAAGAUCAUUCUUUUAUAUAUUACCGCCACUAAAUGAACAACUUCUAUGUAUUCGGUGUUCAUAUUGUUGUGCUAAUGAGGUAUGGCAGUCAGUCUGACUGCCAACUUGAACUGAUGCGUAUAUGUGCCUGGUCCUACGUUGUAGCUGACUGACUGACUGAUACAAGAUUACUUGUAUCCUCCUGUUUGUGAAAAUGUAAUUCGCAUUUCGCAAUAAAUAUAAUCAUACUAAAUAGUAUCGAUUUCAAAUAUUAAACACAAUUUAUGAGUAAAAUAAGUAGUAAUAAUAAUGUCUCAUUAAGUUGUGGUAAACAACAAACGAAACUCGGCUGAAGCUAAUGUGUGUUUAGAAGAGUUAGGUAUGUCAAAUUUAAUUACGCAGUAUAGUCACCACUCUGAUAAACUCAGUGAUUUCUACUUGUAUCAUCAACUGACUUUCAGGAUAGGCGUUGGAUCUUCUCCUUCGAGUCCAGUUAUGUCUAACAUUGUAAUUCUUAUAGUUAGGUAAAUUUACACAUCUGACAAUUCGCAUAUAAAUCAGAUUAACCAUGUAAUACAGCAAGUAUAAAGUUAUUAUUUAUGAUUAAUAUUUUGUUAACCUAAUGUAGGUUUUUAGAAAAACUUCCUGUCCUAUAAAAAAAUGUCAAUUUUGAUCAGUGUAUGUAAAUUAAUGAAGUCGGUUGUAGUUAUAAAUAUUAUAGACAUUUUUCGAUGACAGAAAGUGAUUUGUUUUAAUAAUCAAUUUACAGUUAAGAUUCGGGGAGCUACCAAUUAAAAGAGCUGUCCCACUAGCUCUUGCAUUGUGCUACGUAUCGAAUCCUCAACUAAAAGUAUUGGAUACUUUAAGCAAGUUUAGUCAUGAUUCGGAUGCAGAGUUAUCACACAAUUCUAUAAUUGCAAUGGGUAUUGUCGGUGCAGGUACGUUCAUUAUGUAUUUUUGGUAUAAAAGUUCAGUGUUUUAGUAUAUGUAGUAUCAUAUACCUUAAUAAUUCUAAUGGAAGACAUACAGUUCAGUUUUUAUGCUGAUUUAUCUAUCUAUCUACUCUUUGAUUCUUCCUCAUAUACCUCAAUUUGUCAUCACUCAGUGGUCACAUUGUCAAGGAAGUUGUACCGUAGAACCUUCAGGACUCCAAAUAUUUUUGAACUGUUAACCAGUUUGAGUGACUGAGGGUGAAAAUCAGUUAACCUCCAAGUGUUGACAUAAUCUCUCAAUAAGCUAACGGUAACUGUGCGGGACAAUAAAUCUAUACAUGUUUUAGAUACUGCUUGAAUUCAACCCUUUUUUACAAACCAUACUAUCCUAUUUUUAUUCAUUCUCACUAUCAUUUAUACUAUUGUCACUUCGACUCCUUAUACUCAUGUUAUUGUUAUCUCGCUGUACUGAUUUGUUAUGGUAACAUAGGUAACUCAUAUGUAACUCAAGCUUUCUUGUUUGAGGCUUAUUCUAUCUAUCGGUAAAGGUCUCUGUGAUAUACCAACUAUGAUGUAUCAGCCACAUCAAAUACGAUGAAUUUGUUUCUCUUAGAUAACUUAAAAAGAAGUUUAAGUGCUAAUUGGUCAUUUUGACUGCAUAUCUCAGAGUUAUUAGGACAAAUAACGUUUUUAAGCUUAUCGACUUUCUUUUAACCAAGCCGUUCACGCGUUACAAAUAUGGAUUGCUAAGACCCAUGGUAGUUCUUUUUCUCGUAUUAGCACUAAAACUAACUUGAUAAAUAAUCUCCACAGUAUUUUCGUUUGUUAUAACCUUAGUUAUUUAUGGACACCUGUAAUCUUAGUUACAGUGUGAACCUUAUUUGUCAUCUACUUAAAAAAAUUUGUUACCAUUUCUUCUUUUCAGGAACAAAUAAUGCACGUUUAGCUGCUAUGUUACGUCAGCUUGCUGUUUAUCAUAGCCGCGAUCCAUACAAUUUGUUUUUAGUUCGACUCGCUCAAGGCUUAACGCAUCUUGGAAAAGGUACCCUCACACUGAGUCCUUGGCAUUCUGAUAGAUUCCUGUGCCGUCCAGUUGGAUUAGCUGGCCUUCUCAUACUGUUAACAUCUUGUCUGGAUAUGAGGAUGACAUUUAUGAGUAGACACGAUUACCUGAUUUUUUAUAUUACACCUGCAAUUCAACCUCGUCUAUUGAUGACUUUCGAUGAAGACUUGAAACCUUCGCUUGUAACUGUUCGUGUAGGUCAGGCUGUCGAUGUUGUUGGUCAGGCAGGAAGGCCGAAAACCAUCACAGGAUUUCAGACUCAUACCACUCCAGUUUUAUUAUCUCAUGGUGAACGUGCGGAACUUGCAACCGAUGAAUAUUUACCUAUAACACAGCUUCCUUUAGAGGGUUUUAUACUUCUCCGAAAGAAUCCUGAAUACGAGGAAACAAGUAAAUAAUUGUUUCUUUAUUCCUUUAUCUGUUAUCACGAUGUAAUAAUACAGUAUUCUAUUUCUACACCUUACUUUGUUUCAGAAAUAAAAUGCAAUUCUACCUUGUUCUUUUCGUUCUACAGAACAUGAUAUACUAAUUUAUUCUAUUAAAUCUAAUGAUAAUAUAACGUAUGAAGCAAUAG